AUGGAGCAGAGUGAUGAGGAGAACAGAUCUGGCAACGAGAGCGACUAUGACGGCUGGUCUGAAUACGUCUCUGGUGGUCCUCGACUCACCACCUUGCAACACCAGAACCCCUUUCGAUGGAGCAACACCAGCGCCCACCAGCACCUCCGACUGGAUGGCGGAGUCGAGAGGAUCAUUUUGCUUGAGACAGCUCGCAAGAUGCUGUCAGAAGGUGGUGCUCGAGCCGCAUACCGUGGUGUCACGAUGGGGCUGACGGGCAUGUUCCCGUAUUCGGCCAUUGUCAAGAGAACAUUCGAGCUUCUGAAGACGACCUACGUCCCUGCUCGCGUCUUCGGAGGCGCGAUACGUCGGCUCCGGUACAACCACCAAGGGCCGCGGUCCGUGGAAACGGCUGCCAGCAUCGACCGAGUACAGGCUUGGUUGAUCUCCAACCAACCCAUCAAUCUCAACGGAGACUCGAGCACCUUGUCCAACUCAUGGAAUAUCUCAAAGGAUGGCUUACAAAGGUCGUAUCUGAUCCCACAACGACACUGCGUGCGGUUUUCACUUUCUAUUCAGAGGUUCUCACUCUCCGCCUCGUGUAAAGACCUCGGUAUACUGGGACUGGCUCGUCAAUCCCGACCAUGA